AUGGCCAACAAUAACAGCGACAGUAGAAAGAGUAUCGAUGAUGAAAAGGAACGCAAACGCCAAGAAGCCAGUAUGCUGGAAACUUUCUUGCGAGUCUCCAAGGCAAGAGUAGAAGAGAUCAGGAUCCAGCAAGCCCGUGAUUUGAACCUCAGCGAUGGAGAGCUGCUCGUCUUGAACAAUAUUCAUGGAGCUGGAAUGAUGGAAGGUUUGAUUGCCGGUGUUACCACCUUUGUUAUUGCACGACGACUUCCUCGGUAUCUGCAGCAACGAGCGGCAGCUCGACGGCGACAACAGAGUGGCUACACACUGGAUGCGUUGCCCGGUGGAUCGCCGUUCCACAAGGAUGUCAACAACAAACGCCCAUUCAUAUGGCGAGCCUUUCAAUUCACAUUGGAUGUGACACUGAGCGUUCUCGUGGCGGCCAAUACGUCCGCAUACAUGGCGGAUACGCAAAAGCUGGCCAAACAGGUCACAGAUAUUCCUCUCAUGGAAGGCCGAUCCGCCAUUUCGGACCACUUUUGUGAAGUACUUGUCCAAGAAUACAAGCGACAAUGGAAUGCAUCACAGCAAGAACAGCUAAAUGACACGAAUAGCGGUGAUUUCUCCACCACAGGGCAAUCCAAAGGAUACGAAAAGGACGUACCCUUGGAUCCCAAUUUUGAUCGCAAAUCAAUUCUCAAGGACCCCAAGCUGCCGUUUUUGAAGGGCUACAUUGAAUUUAUUCAAAAUUGCCAAAAACGCCAAGCCAUAGAACGAAGGAUACGACAAGAAAGGGGCAUGGCACCCAGUGAACCCGUCGAAAUUCCUGCACCAGGCGUACCCAGCGAUACGAGUGAGGAUUCCUCAUUGUUUGUGGACGGUGGUGGCGCAGACUUUAGUGACGAUGAUGGUUGGACCGAGGAGGACGUGUCAUCGUUUGCGACAGAUCAAGACGAGGAUGAUAGGAGAAAGUAG